CCGGAGGGAGAGCUUGAACUUGGCUACACACGGCCACCCGUAAUGAGCUCGGUGGUCCCCGGACGGGAGCCACACCCCGCGACGAGCUGACCUCCCCUCGCUGGUCUGGGACUGCGGGAGGGGCCUCGCGCCCCCGCCUUCGGAGGAGCCCGAGCCGCAGGAUGCGCGGGGACGCGCCACCGCCCUCCGCGCCCAGUUUCGCCGGCGCUUCCCCGGAGGCUCCCGGGCGCUGACUCUCCCGGGCUUUUCCGCCUUUCUUGCUCCUGCCCCGCCGGGCGGUUCGGCGGCCAGUCCUUGGACCCCACCGGGAGCUGCUCCUCUCACCCUCGCCACGGCGCGGACAAUAAAUUAAUGCAUCGCCCUUGAGUGAAGGGGGCGGCUGGGCGCCUCGGUGGCAGCUUUCUCGCCUGGCUGGAGACGACCACAACCGACAUGGGCUGUUUCUGCGCUGUUCCGGAAGAAUUUUACUGCGAAGUUUUGCUCCUGGAUGAAUCCAAGUUAACCCUUACCACCCAGCAGCAGGGCAUCAAGAAGUCAACGAAAGGUUCCGUUGUCCUUGACCACGUAUUCCAUCACAUAAACCUUGUGGAGAUAGAUUAUUUUGGGCUACGUUACUGUGACAGAAGCCAUCAGACGUAUUGGCUGGAUCCUGCAAAAACCCUUGCUGAACACAAAGAACUGAUUAACACUGGACCUCCAUAUACUUUGUAUUUUGGUAUUAAAUUCUAUGCUGAAGAUCCAUGUAAACUUAAAGAGGAAAUAACCAGAUAUCAGUUUUUCUUGCAGGUGAAGCAAGAUGUCCUUCAGGGCCGCCUGCCCUGUCCUGUCAACAUUGCUGCUCAGCUGGGAGCGUAUGCCAUCCAGUCGGAGCUUGGAGAUUAUGACCCAUAUAAACAUACUGCAGGAUAUGUAUCUGAGUACCGCUUUGUUCCUGAUCAGAAGGAAGAACUUGAAGAAGCCAUAGAAAGGAUUCAUAAAACUGUAAUGGGUCAGGCUCCUUCUGAGGCUGAGCUGAAUUACUUGAGGACUGCCAAAUCCCUGGAGAUGUAUGGCGUUGACCUCCAUCCCGUCUAUGGAGAAAACAAGUCUGAGUAUUUCUUAGGAUUAACUCCGGUUGGUGUUGUUGUCUACAAGAAUAAAAAGCAAGUGGGGAAGUAUUUCUGGCCUCGGAUUACAAAGGUUCACUUCAAGGAGACUCAAUUUGAACUCAGAGUACUGGGAAAAGAUUGUAACGAAACCUCAUUCUUUUUUGAAGCUCGGAGUAAAACUGCUUGCAAGCACCUCUGGAAGUGCAGUGUGGAACAUCAUACAUUUUUUAGAAUGCCAGAAAAUGAAUCUAAUUCACUGUCAAGAAAACUCAGCAAGUUUGGAUCCAUACGUUAUAAGCACCGCUACAGUGGCAGGACAGCUUUGCAAAUGAGCCGAGAUCUUUCUAUUCAGCUUCCCCGGCCUGAUCAGAAUGUGACAAGAAGUCGAAGCAAGACUUACCCUAAGCGAAUAGCACAAACACAGCCAGCUGGAUCGAACAGCAUCAGUAGGAUAACUGCAAACAUGGAAAAUGGGGAAAAUGAAGGAACAACUAAAAUUAUUGCACCUUCACCAGUAAAAAGCUUUAAGAAAGCAAAGAAUGAAAAUAGCCCUGAUACCCUAAGAAGCAAAUCUCAUGCACCAUGGGAAGAAAAUGGCCCCCAGAGUGGACUCUACAAUUCUCCCAGUGACCGCACUAAGUCACCAAAGUUCCCUUACACGCGUCGCCGAAACCCCUCCUGUGGAAGUGACAAUGACUCUGUACAGCCUGUGAGGAGGAGGAAAGCCCAUAACAGUGGUGAAGAUUCAGAUCUUAAGCAAAGGAGGAGGUCACGUUCACGCUGUAACACCAGCAGUGGUAGUGAAUCAGAAAAUUCUAAUAGAGAACACCGGAAAAAGAGAAACAGAAUACGGCAGGAAAAUGAUAUGGUUGAUUCAGCGCCUCAGUGGGAAGCUGUAUUAAGGAGACAAAAGGAAAAAAACCAAGCCGACCCCAACAACAGGCGAUCCAGACACAGAUCUCGUUCGAGAAGCCCUGAUAUCCAAGCAAAAGAAGAGUUAUGGAAGCACAUUCAAAAGGAACUUGUGGAUCCAUCCGGAUUGUCCGAAGAACAAUUAAAAGAGAUUCCGUACACUAAAAUAGAGACACAAGGUGACCCAAUCCGCAUCAGGCAUUCUCAUUCGCCACGAAGUUACCGCCAGUAUCGCAGGUCCCAGUGUUCAGAUGGGGAGCGAUCAGUUCUCUCGGAAGUGAAUUCAAAAACAGAUCUUGUACCACCACUUCCAGUGACCCGUUCUUCGGAUGCUCAGGGUUCUGGGGACGCUACAGUUCAUCAGAGAAGAAAUGGGUCUAAAGAUAGCCUGAUGGAAGAAAAACCUCAGACAUCUACAAACAACCUGGCUGGAAAACACACAGCAAAAACAAUAAAAACUAUACAAGCUUCCCGCCUCAAGACAGAGACUUGAUCCUGAUGAAGGGUCAAGGGUAGGGGUGGGAAGGUUAUGUGCGCCACUGGUACUUUUGAAACUGUGAAAUAGAUACCUUAAUUCAGAUCUCAGACCUGCGAGUAUUUCUUCAGCAUGAGAAAAUACAGUAUCUUUUGCUUCUUUUUUUUGAGAUGUUAUUACUCUGUCACCCAGGCUGGAGUGCAGUGGCACCAUGUCAGCUCACCACAACCUCCACUUACUGGGUUAAGUGAUUCUCCUGUCUCAGGCUACCGAGCAGCUGGGAUUACAGACGUGCGCCACAACACCCGGCUAAUUCUUUUUGUAUUUUUAGUAGAGACAGGGCUUUGCCAUGUUGGAGGCUGGUCUCGAACUCCUGACCUCAAGUGAUCCAUCUGCCUCAGCCUCCCAAAGUGCUGGGAUUAUAGGCAUGGUUUAACUACAGUACAGUUGUGCUGAAGGACCUUUUUGUUUUAACUGGAAGAAUAAGUAUUUUGUAAAAAUUCACUUGAAACCACAUUUUCGUUUCUGGAACAGGAUAGCAAUCAUUCAUUUCUGUCUUGUGUCUGUGUCCACCACAACCAAGACCAGAUGCAUCUGAUGAACAUUCUGGAAUUCUGAACUGCAGCUAGCCUGCUGUGCAAUAGUACCAGUGGGAGGACAUCUUCCCAGCGCUGGGCUGGUUCUCAACUAGUGCCCAGAUGCAAAAGGACUGAGGCAUCACUUUCAGACUGCAGAUAUUUUUAUUCAUAUAAAGUUCUUUAUAAUACUGUAUUUUGUGGUGUUAAGUUCCACCAGUUAUUUACAAAUGAUGUAAAAAGCUUUGUUUUUAAGUGUUGUUAAUUUCUAAAGUGUUCUUGUGUUUUCAGAAGUCUAAGUGGAUUUCAGUUGAUCUCCCACCCCAAACCUCAAAUGAUCCAUCUACUCUGCUUGGCCAUCUAACUCACCUGCUCUCACCAGUGACUAUUUUGGACCUUUCCUCUCCAUAGAUGACUUUGCAAUCUACAGGGAAAAUACUUAUGCAGGACAUCUUAUAUCUCCCCCUUACCACGUACAGUUCUCUCCACAGCUGCCAGCAGCCCUAACCUUUUUGUCUCUCCACCUGUGCUUUGGAUGCUCUUCUCCCAGCCUUUUCAGGAUCUUUGUCUGUCCUUCUCCUAUAUUAAUGUAUUCAAUUAUUCUCUCAGCUAGAUCCUUGCUACUUGGUUUUAAAUUUAAGACUAAGAUUAAACAAAAUUAUCUUUCACAACCACAACCACCCCCCCAGCAACUAAGAUUUUCCUCUCAUUCUCAGCCAAUUUUCUUGCAAGGAGUAUCUUUAGUCAUUGCUCUCAAUUCAUCUAAUCCCUAUCUUAAGCUUUAUCUCUAACAUGGAUCUUUCCCACUACUCCACUAAUAUCAAUCACUGUGUCACUGAAUCCCAGGGAGAAUUUUUAGGACAUUCUUUUGCUUCUUUAAUAUAAUCCUAUUUUGCUCCUACCACUGACCAUCCUUUCUGGCUUAUCAUGC